AUGGCUGGCGCCAACGAGGGCGACGCCCUGCCCAAGAAGAUCCGCCAGUAUGAGGGCAAACUCGCGACCAUGUCGGCGAUCAACUCGACGCUGCAGAGCGAGAACGACGCGCUGCAGAGGGAGGUUGCGAGGCUGCGUGGGGAGGAUGGCGGGAAGGCCGGGGGCAGGGAGAGCGCCCAGGACGCGCGAAAAGAAUUCGAGGCUCGUAUAGCCGACCUUCAGGCACAGGUCCACGAGCUCGAAAACGAGCGCAAGCGCCUGAAGAUCGAGCUGCGCGUUCGCGGGCAGGGCGCGGGCGGCGCCAGCGGCCGCGCGGAGUCGCUUGAAUCCGAGCUGUCGGCGGUGCGGGCGGAAUCGGGGCGGCUUUCGCGGCGCGUCGGCGAGCUGGACGCCACGGCGCGUCGCCUGAAGGAGCAGCUGCGCACGUGCGAGGGCGAGCGCGACCGUGCCCUCGCCCGCGCGCAGGCCGCAGCAGUCAACCAGUCGGCGGAGAGCGAUCGCGCCGCGGACGCGCGGCGGUCGCUGAUGGACCGCCUGGCGGCGGCGCAGGCCGAGGCGGACGCGCAGCGGCGGCGUGCGGACGCGGCGGAGGCGGACGCGGCGCGGCUGCGCGGGGACGCGAAGGGCGAGCCGGGGGGUGUCGUGGCGACGCUCCGGGGGGAGUUGGAGGAGUGCCAGCAGGACAGGGACGCCGCGCGGAUCACGUGCGAGGCGCUGCAGAGGCAGCUGGACGGCGCGCGCGCGGCGCUGGAGGCCCGGGCCGCGGAGGCGGACGCGCGGGAGGCGGCUCUGACCGCGCAGGUCACGGGGCUCCGCAGCACGACGCGGGCCCUGGAGGAGGAGCUGCAAGUCCUCCGGGGGGGUGACGGCGGCGACGGCGGCGAGAACAGCGUCCUGCAGGCGGUCGCGCCGCUGAUGCGGCAGGUCGAGUCGCUGUCCGCGGAGGCGCGCGCGCAGCAGGAGGCGUCCGCGGCGGUCGAGAGGGACCUGCGGGCGCGGUGCGCGGAGCUCGAGACGCAGGCGUCAGCCGCGGCGGAGGCGACGGCGAAGCUGCGGGCGCGCGGGCAGGCGCUGGAGUCGGCGCUCGCGGGGUCGCGGGAGGCGCAGACGCGGCUGCAGCAGCAGCUGGCGGCGGUGCGGGAGGCGCACGCGGCGCUGUCGCAGCAGCAUGCUGCGCUGGAGGUGGAGCGGGGGCGGCUGGCGGCGCAGGCGGAGAGCGGCUGGGCGCGGGCGCAGGCGGCGGCGGCGGAGGCGGACAGGACGGCGCGGGAGCUGGAGGCAGAGCUGGAGGCGGCGCAGGCGCGGGCGGCGGGGCUCGCGGAGCGUGUUGCGGAGCUUGAGGGGAGAAGGGACGCGAACGGGGGAUUCGAUCGGGAGCUACGUGGAAGCAGCGGGGCGGCGGAGGGGGUCGCGGGCGUGGACGGCGACGACGAUUACUUCCACCGCCUGUCUGCGUCGGUCGUUGGCCGGGAUGGCGGGGGCGAUGGAGCCACGGCGCCAGAGCAGGCAGGUGGCGGCGGUCUAGAUCGGCAGCGUUCGCUGGCGGCCGAGCGGCGCGCGGCGACGGCGGCGGAGGAGCGCGACGCGGCGGUGGCGGAGCUGUCCGCGGCGCUGGCCCGCGUCGCGACGCUCGAGGCGAGCCUUUCGGCGCAGCAGACGGCUGCGGCUGGUGCAGCGAGGGAAGCGGAAGCGGCGUUCGAGCUGCUUGGCGAGCGCGCGGCGCGUGCGGAGGAGCUGGAGGACCAGUGCGCGGACAUGAGGGAGGCGUUUCGUGCAGCGAUGGAGGAGGCGUCGGGGCAGCUGGCCGCGUGCCGGGCCGAGCUGGCGCGGUGCCGGUGCGACCGGACGGGGACGGCGGCGUGA